AUGAGAGUGUCCAUUCUACAAAACUUAUUUGUUGUUACUUUAGCUUUACUAUCCUUGCUUGCAACACAUGUCAGUGGUGUUUAUUUGGCUUAGAGUGAAUGUCAAAGCAGUGAGUACUGCUAAAACAAAUGCAUCAAUGAAUAUUAAUUGCAGACAGGAAAGUUUUGUUUCUUUGAUCGUGAAAAUGGAACAAGAGGUGGUUGCAAUUGUGGAAUAUACAAGGUAAAGUAGGAAAAGAAGAACAAACUUUUUAAUGCUAUUUAAGUCAAUAAUGAUGAGUCUUAAUUCGAAGCUUAGUAAAUUUCAACUUCAUCAAUUCGUAGAGAGUCUGAAGUUAAGAGCAAACAAUGA